AUGAUGAACCUCGCCGCUAAUCAGGUCGCUAUGAUUCCGAACGGCAUCGCAGCAGCACAGAGCGGGCCGACUUCCCUCCCGCAGCUUCAGCUCCUUCGCGCGCUGGCGGCGACUCAGAUCGCCAACGCCUCCGUCAGCGCGGGCCCGCAGACUUCGCUCUCGAGCCGCGGAUCGAAGCGAAGCGCCAAGGACGAUAGCAAGACGCUGCGCCCGCGUAAGCGUGGCCGGCCUUCGUACAAAGACCGCGCCGCCGCGGCUCUUGCGGCGGAGGAAGCGGCGAAGGCGGCGAAAGCCGCUGCGCUGGCGGAACGCGAUAUUCUCCUCCGCCAGAUCGCCUCGCAAAUGGCGCCGCAAAUGUCGCCGCAAGGAGCGCUUAUGCUUCUGCAGCAACAGAUGGCGUUGCAACAACUGGGGAUGCUGGGAGCCAACCAGAUCGGCGGAUUCCCCGCCGCAAUGUGCGCUGCACCGCCUGCGCUCGCGCAUCUGAGCGCGGGAAACCACGGCGUGACCGCCGCGGCAGCCAUGGAUGCGGCUCGACAAAUGCCGACCGGUGCCGACAAGAUCGCGGAUCGUGUGGCCUCCGGAGCCGCUAGCCGUCAAUUCUGCACGUCGGACGUGGAUUUCGCGGGGAUGGACGGUUCCGCGUGCGACCAAUCGCGGCUGUUCGCUGUGACGGCGAACGAGACCCAUCGGCAGCGCACGGAGGAUGUCGAUACACAUCGACACACGGACGGCCAUUCGGGUGACGAAAACGAGAGCGACUUUAACGGAGAUGCCUCGAGCUGGCCCCAGCGAGUCACAGAAGACGGUAACCAAGCAGCCGUCGCGGCCGCUGCGACCAAUCAAGCUGUACCAAGUGGCAUCUUCAUGGCGCCGCCGCCGUCCAAGGGUGCCGCCGGCCCUGGAGCCAUGCCGGCCCUGGAUUGGAUGUUCUCUAAGGAGACGCGCUUCGUGCAACCAGUGCCUAAGGACGACUUGGAAGAGCAUGCAGAUGAGCACGUGCCUGCCGCCCCUGCUGUACCGGCUCGUCUGGCUAUUCUAUCCGUACCUGCAGGUUCGGAAGGGCGCACAGUGCCUUCGCAAGGUCCGGACUCCCCAGCAGGGGUGCAACAGCAGCAGCAACAGCAGCCCCCUGCUGUUGUGGUGGCAGCUGCAAUGCAGCUCCUAGCCCAGGUUAUGCCAAGAGUGGGAUCUAGGCAAGUGUUGCCUGGUGCUGGUGCUGCACAAGGCGUGGGCCCUGUUGCUGGUUUGAUGGGCCUGACUCGGUCCAGGAACAACAUUGAAGCUGUGCUUGCUUAUGUGGAUGCUGAGAUCCAGGCAAGGAAGUCUAGGAUGGGUGAAGCUAAGGAAGGUGCUUCCGUGCCUGCUCAUUUGGUUCCCACUGUCGAAUCUAGGGAGGAGCUCAAAGCUCAAGAUCAGCUAGACCUGUCACUUCAUUUGUAA